AUGUAAUAAUUAUGUUUACAAAUAUCAGAACAAAUACUAAUUCCUUCUAUUGUAAUUAUUACACUACUUACUUUUAUAUCUAUUGGACUUCUAUUCAAAACAUAUUAAUUAAGAAAUUGGAAUCCUAUUUAAGAAUUAUCACCUCUAUUAACAAUAUCUCAAGGAUUAUCACUUUAUUUAUUCAUUAUUCUUACAUUACUUGUAAUUGUGUAUGAUGGUGAGAAUAAAUUCCAUUCAACAAAAAUCAUAAUGAUAUUUUAGAAUUUCUUUAGAGGACUCUUUGUAUAUAUUACAGUUUUCAAAUCACUUAGAGUCACUUUAGCAUUUCACCUUAAUAUAAAAUCAUCUUAAUACUUAAAAUUUUUAUGUACUAAACUAUUUAGAUAUUAAUUUCGUAUUUUAAUGGUAGCUUUCUUUAUGACAUCUGCAUUUUGGUCAGGAAUUUAUUAUAUUGUUAAACUUUAUCAUUAUAAUACAUAAUAUGAAGAUUAAGAUCAUAUAAGUGAUCUAAUUCAAUAUGAAAAUAUAAAUAUAGUAGAGGCUAUAAAUAAUACAUUAGAAAUCUUAUUAUGCAUACUUAUAAUAUAUUGGAAUCAAAAGAUUUUUAUACCUUAAUUUGAUACACUUUAAAGGUUUGUCAAUAAACCAUUAUUAAUCUAUGCUAUUUGGUUAUACAUUAAUACUUUUAUUAGUUAUUUUAUUAAUGAAAUCGAUUGUAAUAUAUAAAAUGGACCUAUUUAAUUACCAUUUUCUUUAAUCAUUAUGCUCUUCUCUUAAAUUCUUAGAAGCAUGGUUGAAUUUUAUUAUAUAGUUUAUAUACCCAUAUAAUAGAGUACAUUAAUCAGAUUGCCAUUAAUUCCAUCUAUUAUAUUAGAUAAUUUUCAAUUGUUUAUGAGAAUUCCACUUUGUAGUAGUGUAUUUUAUGAAUUCUUAUAAUAACCAUCAUAUAGUACAAUAAUUAAUUGUAAGGAGAAAAAAAUCAAUCGUAGUGUUAGUUUAGAAUACUCAGAUAAUUUAUAGGUACUAAAAGUGUGGAUGGCUUAUCAAAUGAAAUCAGAAAAUGGAAUUGAAGAUGAACAUUUUACACUAUUUUUGAAUUUGGAGAAAUAAUAAAAUGAGACUCAGUUUGAUUUUAAUUAUUAACCAUAAAUUUAAGUUAGAUUAGAAAAGCAUUUGAUGUAACUCUUCGAAGAAUAUUAAAAUACAUUAUCAUAUUAUAAUAUGAAAAAAUUAUUUCAUUGUCUUGAUAAUGCAACAAAGAAUUUCUAUGAAAUGAAUAUCAUCUAAAAUUUUUUAAACUGA